AUUGUUUUCAGUUGGACAGUGGAUCCAAAUCAUUGGCUGUAUAAGAACGAGUCUGACGAGCCCCUUAUAUGCGGUAAUGUAACAGGCGCACGCCACUGUCCUCCUUCCCAUACUUGUCUCUGUGCCGGCGAAAAUCCAAAUCAUGGUUAUACCAGUUUCGACAAUUUUUUGUGGUCGAUGCUUACCACGUUUCAAUUAAUUACUUUAGAUUACUGGGAGAACGUAUACAAUAUGUUGAUUUUCUACGGAAAUGCAGAUGUAGUCCUAUUUGUAGCUUCACCCCUUCGAAUUGGUCUUCAAAGUCGCCAAACCAGCAGUAAUACAAGCGAAGGUAAUAAUCGUGAAUCAUCAUUAGAUGAUUCCGGAGUUGUUGACGAUCAUGAAGAUGCUGAUUGUACAUCUGAAGACGUUGCCACCACUCAGGUGCCAAACAUAAUUAAGUUACAUAAAAUGGAUCCAAUGCCAAUGACUCUCGCCCUAAGUCCCAAACCAAUAAAAGUGAUCAAGUGUAACGGUGUCGGAAACUGCAAAAAGAGCAAGCACAGUAUGUACGCCAUUCCCCCAGACUAUUUGUCGCAUAUUGUAGUUAUAGAUGAUUUACCGGAUCGUAAUUGUUCUUGUUGCGAACAAUGCUGUGUGGAUUACACCGGAUGGGCAUACAAGAAAUUAAUGAAAGUAAGAACGUACGUUUUGUCAAUAGUUGACACCCCCGUGUUCGAGUGGGUGGUUUUGGUUUUAAUUUUCGCCUCAAGUAUCACACUCUGCUUUGAGGACAUUUAUUUAAACGAUAAUCCUCGUCUUAAAACGAUUUUAUACUGGACCAAUUUAGCAUUCUGUGUGAUAUUUGUAAUUGAGAUGCUUCUAAAAUGGUUAGCUCACGGUUUCCAUAAAUAUUUUACGAGUUUUUGGACACUGUUGGACUUUUUAAUUGUUUUCGUUUCGGUGUUUAGCUUGUUAAUAGAAGAAAAUGAAAAUUUAAGAGUCCUUCGUUCCUUGAGGACUUUAAGGGCUUUGAGGCCACUUAGGGCAAUAAGCCGGUGGCAGGGAAUGAGAAUCGUUGUAAACGCAUUGAUGUAUGCCAUUCCUAGCAUAUUCAAUGUGCUUUUGGUGUGUUUAGUUUUUUGGUUGAUUUUUUCCAUCAUGGGCGUCCAAUUUUUUGGAGGAAAAUUUUUCAAGUGCGUCGACGACGAGGGAGAAAUUUUACCUGUAGACAUAAUCAAUUCCCGUUCGCAAUGUUUAGAAAACAAUUUAACCUGGGUUAAUUCGAAAGUGUCUUUUGAUCAUGUUGGGGUGGCAUAUUUGGCGCUUUUUUAAGUGGCAACUUUCGAAGGGUGGAUGGAAGUCAUGGCGGACGCGGUCGAUGCCAGGGGGGUGCAUUUGCAGCCACAAAGGGAGGCUAACCUGUACGCUUACAUUUAUUUCGUCAUAUUUAUUGUUUGCGGUUCUUUCUUUACUUUGAAUCUUUUCAUAGGAGUAAUUAUCGAUAAUUUCAAUAUGCUCAAGAAAAAGUAUGAGGGUGGUGUGCUGGAAAUGUUUCUGACCGAAAGUCAAAAGCACUAUUACACUGCGAUGAAGAAGUUGGGAAGAAAAAAGCCACAGAAAGUAAUAAAGAGGCCAAUUAAUCAAUUUUUAGCUUUAUUUUACGAUCUAUCGAAUUCGAGACGAUUCGAGAUAGCAAUAUUUAUCCUCAUUUUUCUCAAUAUGUUAACCAUGGGUAUAGAACAUUACAACCAGCCCCAUGCCAUCUAUUUUAUAUUAGAAGUUAGCAAUGCCUUUUUUACUACAGUUUUCGGUUUGGAAUGUAUUGUCAAGAUACUAGGACUCAGGUACCAUUAUUUUACGGUCCCUUGGAACGUGUUUGAUUUUUUAUUAGUGAUUGCAUCAAUUCUCGGCAUUUUAAUGGAAGAUAUAAUGAUCGAUUUUCCAGUUUCGCCAACGUUACUUAGAGUUGUACGGGUAUUUAGAAUAGGGAGAAUAUUACGACUAAUAAAAGCCGCUAAAGGUAUUAGAAAACUUCUUUUUGCUCUGGUGGUGUCUCUACCAGCUCUCUUCAACAUAGGAGCCUUAUUGGCAUUAGUAACGUUUAUAUACGCCAUCAUUGGGAUGUCUUUAUUUGGUCACGUAAAGCAGCAAGGAGCUUUAGACGACAUGGUAAAUUUUCAAACUUUCGCAAGAUCCAUGCAUCUACUAUUUCGUCUCAUGACAUCCGCCGGAUGGAAUGAUGUGUUAGAAUCCUUGAUGAUUGAACCCCCAGAGUGUGAUCCACACUUUAACAAUCUCAGCAAUGGUGACUGCGGAUAUCCGUUACUGGCAAUUACUUAUUUAACUAGUUUCAUAAUAAUCAAUUACAUGAUAAUAAUAAACAUGUACAUAGCCAUUAUAUUAGAAAACUUCAACCAAGCUCAUCAAGAGGAAGAAAUUGGUAUUGUCGAAGACGACUUGGAAAUGUUCUACAUUCGUUGGUCGAAGUAUGACCCACAUGCAACGCAAUUUAUAAGAUUUGCUCAGCUCUCAGAUUUCAUAGCAUCUCUCGACCCACCACUGGGCAUUCCAAAACCCAAUACUGUCGCACUGGUUAGCUUUAAUCUACCAAUUGCAAAGGGAAACAGGAUACACUGCCUCGAUAUAUUACAUUCCUUAGUUAAACAUGUCUUAGGACACGUUGAAGAAACUGAUACCUUCAGGCAGUUACAAGAACAAAUGGACAUUAAAUUUAAGAAACAAUUUCCCACACGAAAGCAGCUUGAAAUAGUAUCAUCAACAAGAAUUUGGAAACGACAAGAUAAGGCUGCGAGAAUAAUCCAAAAGUCUUGGCAUGAUUACCUUAGACGGAAGCAGGAAAAGGAAAGGGAAUUAGAAGACGAAACUACACAGACAUCAUCCCCAGGUGGAUGGCAGAGCCGCCUCUCAGCUUUUCUACACGUUCAUCGAGGAAGUAGGGCUUCUUCACGUAAAUCUUCUCGCGCAUCAGAUGCAAGUGACUUAAGUGAACUCGGUGGACCUUGGUUGAAUUUGCCAUUACUUCUGCUCUCUAGUGCAGUUAAUAUUUCUCCUGAAGAACUCGAACUAACUCGUGAUCCUGCUGACGUUUCUAUAAAAGUUGACUCAGCAACUCCUUUAACUACCACUCCAACAACCCCUACUGGUUCAACACGUCGAAGGAGCAUCUACAAUUUCUUUUUGAAACAUCAAGAUGCUGUUGAAACGGUUGAAGAGUCACCACCCAUGCCCAAAAAAGAUCCUGGUAAAGGCGUGAUUAACUUGCUUCCAAUAAUCACUCCUCAGCCAGUAAAUGGACAACAACAACCAAUUAAACCAAAAAGGGGUAGCUUAAUACAAAGGAAAGGACUUGAUAGAGCGAGUUCAACAAAACUUCAACCGAAAAAACACAAAGUACAACAUACAAAAUCUGACCCCCCUUGCAAUCCUGAUGUAAGUAUUCUAGUUACGGAGGCGUCUCCUGAGUCUCCUUCCUCAAAACCUACUCUAACGAGACAAGAUAGUGAGACAACAGUUGUGCAAGCUCUUGUUCAUCGUGAAAGUGAGGAGUACAGAGACGAAGAAAGUGAUUUGGAGACUACAGUAACAGUUAUCCCUGAAUCAUUGAUUAACAGAGAUGACGAAUCUCAUGAAGAUAACAACGAAACUCGAGGAAGCUGAUGCUAAUUUUGUUUAUGAAGAUUUUAGGGUAGCCCAUUUUUACAAAUUAAUUUAAAUUUACUUACAUGGCGUACAAAUUAAAGGCCAAAGAAAUCUCAAUAAAGUAAAAACCAUAUAUAGGCAUGAUAUGCUUCAUUAAAAUAAGCAGCUACUAUAAAAAAUUGUUCGCAAGCCGUUUAAGUAAUGUUAAUCUAAUUUCUGAUUCGCUAUUGAAAUGUUUAUCUGUACAAAUCAAAUGUUCAUAAAAAUCAAGGAAGCAGAACAACGAAUAAUGUCGUGGGGUAUUAACAUGGGUUUAUCAGCUUCAUUUCUUCAAUAUUAUUACUUGAAAUAAAAAUUACAUUUUGAGCUGAUUUUAAUGUUCAGUUAAAGAGCAUAUCAAUUUAAGCAAUAAUAGCUAUUCUCCUUUUAAAAAUUUGCUUUAGAACUGAUAGAGAAUGAAAUGCAUAGGGGUCUGAAUAUUUUCUGUGAUACUGUACAUAGAUUAGAUUUUUCUAUUAGUUCGUUUUAGAAUUCCUUUUAGAAACAGGCAUCAUUUUGUUUUCUGUUUGUACUUGAUGCAGUAACGAUACGUACAAGAAGUUUCGAAAUAAAGUUUAAAAAGUGCGCAACUAUGAGCUACAAUAGUCAAUAUUAUAUAGUUUAUAAUUGGUACAAAUAAAACAUAAAGUGAUGCUUGGUGUUCAACUUAUAAAAUACGGUAAAGUUUAAUUCUAACAUGUUGUACAGAAAAAACCUAACUGUAAAUAGUAGUUACAUAAAAAAAAAACAGUUUGUAGUUUAAGAAAAAUGUACAUAUGUAGUUUUCAAGUAAGUUUCCAGCCCAAAAUUAAUGCGUUCAGCCUAACAUUCAAGUCAAUUACAAAAAAUGUAGUUGAUGAGUUAUUCGAAUGAAAGAAA